AUGGCCGAAGUCGUUGGAAACGUCAACACUGCAUCGACCAAGUCUAGCAGUGACCCUGUUAGGAAACACGCACAACAGAAGCCUGCUGCCGCUGCUUCAACGUGUGUCGUACAAAAAGGGAAUAAGAAAUCUGUGUCGGUGUCAACGGUGCCUACCCCGACUGCAAAGGGUGCGGAUAAUACUGCCAAAAAUGUUAGCAAAGAGUGCGAAAAGGAUUUAUCGAGCCGAAGUGCACAAUGUCCAACUCAGCAAGCAGCACAAACGAAGCUAUCUCAUGCGGAACCCAAUGAGAAUGGCGACGCAUCUCAGGCAUUCGGUGAUGAAUUUAAGGGCAUCAACAGGGCUGAAGUGGAGGAGUUGAAGGAUCUUGUCAAGAAGCUACACCAUCAAGUGGAAGACAUGGGAAAACAAGCUGAAGAUCUUGUCCAAGAAAACCAAAAACUAAGAUCAUUGCAACUGCCUGUUUCCCUCAAAGACCAAGAUCCUUACAAGUCUUUAAUUGACGCACAGAAUCGUUUAGCAGAGUCAGAGGAAGCCAGGCAAAGUUUGAAAGAGAGAAAUAUAUGCUUGGAGGCAGAAAUAGAAGAACUUCGCGUUGAAAUAGAUGAAGCACGUGACACUUUUAGGGAGGGUGACAACGAAGAAUUUCGUGAAUUGCAAAAGCAACUUGAAGCUGCAUCUAAAAACUGCCGCGUAAUGCAAUAUCGUCUGCGCAAAUCGGAAAGAAAAAUUGAAGAUUUGGAAUCAGAGAGAAAAUUACUGGAAGAGAAAUUACACUCAUUAUCGUGCGGUGGCACUAGGUUUCAAGAAGGGAAUGGUGGAAACCAGGAUCUUUACUCGCAGUUAAAAGUAGCGAAGGAUGUGUCCGUGCGCUUGCAUAUGGAAUUAGAAAAUUUGGACGAGAAGCGUGGGAGAAUCGAAGAAGAGAAUCAGUUACUACGCCGGAAAUUAGUGGAUUCGGAAAAUCAGAGGAAAGAAUUAAAACGUGAAGCCGAGAAAGUAAAAAUCGAGGUUGAACUCCUGAAACGGAAACUAGGUCAAAUCGAGGAAGAUGAACUGAAUGAAGAGAGACGAUGGAAGAUGAAGAAACUUAAAGAAGGGCCAGAUGUCGGCGCUGAAUAUGAUGUUUCGUCUCUGAUGUCCGAGUUACAGGAGACCAUCGAGAGAGAGCGUGACGUUCAACAUCAGUUACAACUCACAGAAGAGGAGUCAGCUGUGAUGCGACGAAAACUGGGAGAGAUUGAACAAGAAAGGGAACGUGUCGACUUCGAGCUUGAGAAGUACAAAAUGCAUUUCGGGACGCUGGAAAAUCCCAAGAAAGAGGGCGAAGCUGGUGAUAUCAGCGAGAAAGAAGCAGAGCUCAGACUGCAGCUUAUGAUGGUUGAACAAGAGGCAACAGUCAUGCGCAGGAAAAUGUGUGAAUUGGAGACUAGAAAUGAAGAACUUAAUUCCGCCUUAGAAAGGGAUGACAUACGUCCUGCAAAAACAAAAGAAGCAGAAGAAGCUGCAGAUGGUGGUGAUAAUAAUGAGCUACGGCAGCGAUUGGAUGAGGUGGAGCAGCACGCUGAACAUCUUCGGCAUACUCUUCUUGAUGCCGAGGCAGAAAUUGACCAUUUAUCAGCCAAGUUGUCAAAAUACGAAGAGCUCACGACUGCGGGCAUCCUUUGCAAGAACGAUUCCAGAGAGGAUAUUGAUCUUAAACAACAUUUACGCAUGCGCGAGGAAGAGAACAUGACUAUUCGCAAAAGGCUAGUUGAGGCUGAAAUUAUUACCAGAAUGUUAGAGGAUGAGGUUUCUGUCUACAAAAGGUUAAACGAAGACGCAUUAGGUCAUGGCACCGCGAAGGGUAAAGGUCACAAGGCUGAAGCUAAGCUGAAGUCGCAGAUUAGUUUGUUGAAGCAGGAGAAUGAACGCAUGCGCAAACAGGUUGUUGAAGUUGAAAUCCAAAACGACAAUCUAAACGAAGAGCUAAUGGGUUAUAAGAAGGGUGAGUCGUCUGCUCGUGCGCCGCCAUCAUCACCAGACCAUAUUACAGAAAGUGAUCGUUUGCCCGCACUGCAGGAAAAGGUCAACCAUUUAGAGGAACAACUAGCGGACUUGGUGUCUACGGUUAAGGGAAAAGAGCAAGUACAAGAGCAGCAGGAGGCUGAAUUGAAGCUGGCACAGAAGACAAUAGAGAGGGCGUCUACUGAGGCGACUGUCAAGCAUGCGAGUUUAGAGAAGGAACUCAACAUGGCGGUGGAGAAACAAGAGGCGUUGCUAAAGCAACUGGAAAACGUAGAGAGGCAUGCGCAGUGUUUGCAAGAGGAGUUGAAACAGUCUAGUGAACCUGCCCAGAAGGAAGCGGAGCAUGAGGAACACCUCACAGACACGUCGAAAGAACACCGGAAAGAGGAAAUGACGUUGGAAAAGAAGGUUGUUAUGGUUCCGACCCAAACUCCCCAAGAGGCUUUGUCAAGUUGCUCGGAUGACACUUGUUAUCGCGAAAGAGAAAAAGAGCUAUUGCGUUUUGAGCUUAACGAGUGCCAGGCCGUGAUGGCGGAGUGGGAAGAUCAGGUUCGAACACUUAAGAUGACAGUGACGAAGGAGCGGCAUGCUCGUGCUAAAGAGAAAGAAGAAUACGAACAACGGAUCAAAGAGAUCGAAGAAGAUAGGGAGAAAUCGGACAAAAGAAAAGAACUAGAAAAGGAGAACAUCAUGGAACAGCAGGUAUCGGAAGCCAAAGCUUGGAAAAAAGAGAAGCAGGACCUUUACGAACAACUUGAGCAGUUCAAAGAAAAGACGGACGUCUUGCACCGAAAGUUGCAAACUGAACAAAGUAACUGGUCCAAAGAGGACUUUGACAACAAGGGAGCUAGUUCUGGCAAUACCACACCAACGUCAAUGGAUUUGUUCAUUGAGAAGACGGAACUUGAACAUGCGAAGCAGAAACUAACAGACAAAGCACACAAGUUGGAAAGCGACUCUUCCAAGUACAAAAUCAAAAACGAAGAAAUGGGCGCCAAAAUAGAACUUUUGACAGCCCAGAACGAAGAGCUCAGGGCGUCACGGGAUAUCCUGACCGAAGAGAGGGCGCUGCUGCACUCGAAACUGACCGAGGCACAGCAAGAACAAUCCGAAAUGGAGGUGGCCUUAAAAAAAGAUCGCGUGAUGUGGGAAAAGGAGCGAGCCACCAUUAAGUUCGAUUUUGAGAACGAGCGAAAAAGACGGGAAAACGAAAUGAAAAAAGCCAAAGACGAAAUCGAGAGACUUCGGCGGGAAAAAUCGCAGUCGGAAUUCGGUCAUAAACAUUAUGAAGCGAAAUUGAAAGAAUUCGAAAGGAAAGCAAAAGAACUGCACGAAAUGUUAAAGAAAAAGGAGGAGGCGUUUGCAAGAGACAAGGCGAAAAUCAUAGAAGAACAAUCGCGUCAUUUUCAGUCCAAGACUCGUGAUUUACAAGUAGAAAACAACGAUUUGAGAACAACGUUACAGAGAAAAGAAGACGAGAUACAACGGAAAGUACGCGAAUUGCAGUUAAAAAUAGACGAGCAUAGGCACGAAACUGAACAGCUCAGAAAUAAAUUGAAAAACACUGAAAAAGACCAACAAGAGUUACAAAGACGAACACAGGAGUUGGAAGACACUUGGACAAAAGAAAAAGAGGCGCUUACGAAAUCGGAGGAGAUGACUGAAAAAUCGAAUUCCCAGACAGACUCGGACGAGGGAAACACCCUUGCGACUGAGAAACAGCAGCUGCAGAACAAACUUCUUGCGAAUGAAAAUGAGUGGAGGCAAGAGAGAGCACAACUUGCCGAGGUGAUGGAGAAACUUAAAACGAGUCUUCGAGCGCGGGAAGAAUCAUGGCGCGUGGAGAGAACCAACUUGCUGGAGGAGUCACGUACUCUACAAAGCGCCCUCAAUAAAAAGGACGAACUAGUUCGUGCUGAAAAGGAAAAGUUUUCAAUUGAAACCCAGCAGCUGAGACGAGAUCUGGAGACGCGCUGUGCAUCAUGGGAGAAUGAACGGAGGGAGUUCUUGGCUCAUAUUGCCCAACAAGCAUCAAACAGUGAUCGAUGCCGGGAGGAAACGCUCAGCGAAGAAAACGUUAAACUUCUUACACAGUUGAAUGCCUUGACCAAGGAACUCGCAGAUGUUCGGGAAGAAAGAAAAACGGCUGAGUGUCAGUUGAAAGAGAAAGAGGCAGAGCACGACAGAGAGAGAGUAGAACUUGUUCUCCAACUGCAGGCCCAGGAGAAGAUUUCCAAAACGGAGAUCGCCACGUUGCAGUUACGGUUUGAUACCGAAAUCGCCUCGAUGCGCGAUGAAAAGAGUCGACUUGAAGGGAACUGCGAAAACGAGGCCAAGGAGAAGGAACAUCAUCGACUGGUAGCAUCGGAUGUACAGAGUGAGUUAUCUUCUGUGAAAGCCCAGUUUGACAACGAGAGGAAGGCAUGGGAACGACAGAAGGGAAACCUCCAGAAACAAGCAGAGGAUGCAAAAGACGGCAAGCGUUUGGCGACUGAUCUUCGUCGUAGCGUGGAAUCUCUACAACAGAAGCUCGCCAACGAGGAAAAGCGAAGAAGUGAAAUACAAAGAACAUAUGUUUCUGAGAAAUCGUCAUGGGAAAUCGAACGUUCAGAGCUACAGGUCAAAAUUACACGUCUGGAACAGAAUGUGAAAGGUUCAUCAAAAAAGACAAGGGAGAAAGUUGAAGGACAGCUGGCUCGCAUUCAAGAAUCAUGGGAAAAGGAAAGAGGUGAGCAGAGGCGAUUGUUAGCUGUUUCGCAUGGGAAGACGAUGGAUCUGCAAAGACAGGUCGACGCUCUUGAGAAGUCAUUGCUGCAGGAGAGAAAAGAAUCACACGCACAAUUAACUUCAGAACGCAGGGAAUUUGAAGAUGAGAGAAAUGAGCUGUUGACUAAAAUACGAGAGCUUGAGGAAGAGAAUAGAUUACUACGGGAGUGGGAUAGAAGAUCAAAAGAAAUUCAAGAGCGGCAUAAACAGGACCACAGAGCUUGGCAGGAGGAACGAGCUUACUUUCAGAGGAAAUUAGUUGAAAAUGAGAAAACGAAGAAAAAGGAUAAAACUCGAAUUGAUGACAUUGUUCAAGAGUUCGAGAAACUGAAAAAGAUCACUACAUAUGUUGAUUUCACUCAACAAGAUGGCGUCUUACAAGAAACCAGUCAUGAUUACGAGUCAAAACUAAGGAUACCAGAAACAGAUCCGAGCCUGUCGCCAAGAAGUAUGACGUCGACCAGUUUACAGACUUCAUCAUCCCACUUCUCGUGGUAUUCUGUUCAACAGACCUGUGAACCACAACUAACGAAAUUUGAACAGGUGAACGUUGCUGCUACUUCCAUCUCGCUAUGCAAAGACGUGCAUGUCCAAAAUAUUGUAACAAGGGAUACUGGGAUUGCUAGGAAUGCUGGGAGUACUCUGAGGACAUAUAGAAGCAUGGAUUUUGAUCUCGAGAGAACAAUGGAUGAGGCUUUGCGAGAGAUUGAGAAAGUCACAGACGACUUGGCUCAGUACCAAGCAGAUAUAGUGAGAGACAAGAAUACAAGGCUCAAAAGAUCCAAGUCACAUUCAGAUGUGUCAGAGCAUGGUGAGGAGAUAGUACAAGCCAUGGACCAGUUCUAUAAAUCAUCAACCCUGUCAAGACCAGCAAAACCAGAUAAUAAACCACCAGUGAUAACACAACCUCAAGAAAGUACAAAAGAACGUUUGAUCUUUCCACCUGCCGAGACUGUUAUAUCUGAAAAUGUCAAUGUACAAUCUCAGAUAGAAAGGUUAGGCAACCGAGCAUCUGAAAAAGUUGACGAUGAUGCUACUAGCAAGGAUCCUGGAAGUCCGGGAUAUGUUGUCUCUGAGAAAGUAACCUACACAACAAGCAUCAGCCAUAGUACUCAUGUCCCCAAAGUAACGUCCAGUGUAGCUACAGGAGGCAUUGCAACAGUAACAUCUACAACAUCACCAACUACUGAAAGCAUAGAGAGCGACACUAACAGAGGUUCUCCGCCCUCAAAGUUAAUAGCCAUUCCAGUGCUCACCAGAAGAGGAUUGUUCAAUGCGCGGGGUAUGUUAAGAGAAACAGAAAAACAACCAUCAUUACCUUGGAUGCAGCCUGAUGGUACAGUCAUAAACGACUCGCGUGAUUUGGAAUCUCGCCUUCGAGAAGGACGUGUCAUCUCAACUAAAAAGAUGUUUGAGAAGGGAGACUGCAUAGGUAGUCGUUCAAGAGAUGCCAGCCCAGUUCCUGUCAUGGCCGGUAGGACACCUAUUACAGUAAAGAAACCUGUAUCAAAGCUUGGUAAUGAGAGCAACAAUAAAGAGAUUACACAGCCAGUUACUAAAGGAGCUGUUGUGACUCCAGUUACUUCAUCUAGGAUUGAUGAUACAGACUUAUCAUCAAAUUCUACCAAGAAUAUCACAGCGGAUGUGGCGCCAUCGCUCACCGCCCGUUUCCCAAGACCUCAGCCCAUCAACAGGCGACCCCCGUCCAGAUGGAUUUCCAGAAGGUCCACCAGGAACGGUGAUCAGUUUAUGAACUCGAUUAAUGGUGAAGAUUCUACCAAAGAUAGCAGAGGAUUAACCGCUUUUGACGAACAUCCGACUAUGCACGAAGCUUUAGAGAUAUUUCGAAGAUUCUGUGAAACAACUGUGUGA